UCGGGUCUCGGCAAACUACCCGUGCGGGAGGCGAGGGGCGCAGGGAGCGCCCACUGCGCGUGCGCGCGCCCGAUCGGCAGCCCCUGCACCCCCUCCUCUUGCAGCCGGACUUGGUACGGCCGAGACUUGGUACGGCCGGACGGUUGGCGUCCUCCGCUGCUCCAGACAGGGGCGGGCUUUUCAAAUCUUAUCUUUGGAGGAGUGGUGGCGGUCUCAGCUGAAAGCGCUGGAGAUGGAGGGGCAGACGCUGAGGGGUCCCGAUCUCUGCCUGACCGGGCUUCCUGCACAGCAGGAUUGCAGCAUUCGAGAAAAAAUAGAUUUAGAAAUUCGAAUGCAACAAGGAAUAUGGAAACUCCUUUCUCUGAGCACUCAGAAAGACCAGAUUUUACAUGCAGUAAAGAAUCUCAUGGUGUGCAAUGCUCGAAUAAUGGCUUACACAUUGGAACUACAGAAACUAGAAGAACAGAUUGCAAAUCAAACUGGAAGAUGUGAUGUGAAUUUUGAACGUAAAGAACGAACAGCAUGUAAAGGAAAAAUUGCCAUAUCAGAUAUUCGAAUACCACUAAUGUGGAAAGACUCUGAUCACUUCAGCAAUAAAGAACAAUCACAGCGCUAUGCCAUUUUUUGUUUAUUCAAAAUGGGAGCUGAAGUUUUUGAUACUGACAUGGUGAUUGUGGAUAAAACAAUCACAGAUAUAUGUUUUGAAAAUGUAACCAUAUUUAAUGAAGCAAAGCCAGACUUUCAGAUAAAGGUGGAACUAUAUAGUUGCUGUACAGAGGAAUCUUCUAUAACCAACACACCAAAAAAAUUAGCUAAGAAACUGAAGACAUCUAUAAGUAAAGCUACAGGAAAGAAAAUAAAUUCAGUGCUUCAAGAAGAUCAUGAAACGUGCUUGUCCUUCAGUUCUGCUAUUUUUGGUGCAAAGUAUAAUUUGCUAGCUCAUACUACCUUGACCUUGGAAAAUGCUGAGGACAGUUUCAAGACACAUAAUCUGUCUAUUAAUGGAAAUGAGGAGUCUUCAUUUUGGCUUCCCUUAUAUGGCAACAUGUGCUGCCGAUUAGUCGCCCAGCCAGCUUGUAUGGCUGAAGAUGCAUUUGCAGGAUUUCUUAAUCAGCAGCAAAUGGUAGAAGGUCUGAUUAGUUGGAGAAGGUUGUAUUGUGUUCUAAGAGGGGGUAAACUCUACUGUUUUUAUACUCCAGAAGAAAUUGAAGCUAAAGUGGAACCAGCUUUGGUAGUGUCCAUUAACAAGGAAACCAGAAUUCGGGCAAUGGAUAAGAAUGCCAAGACAAGAAUCCAUAAUUUCUCUGUCAUCAACCCUGUUGCUGGACAGGCUAUAACUCAUAUUUUUGCAGCUGACAAUAGAGAAGAUCUUCAGAAGUGGAUGGAAGCCUUCUGGCAGCAUUUCUUUGAUCUUAGCCAAUGGAAGCAUUGUUGUGAAGAACUUAUGAAAAUUGAGAUUAUGUCACCACGGAAACCACCUUUGUUCUUGACAAAAGAGGCGACUUCAGUCUACCAUGAUAUGAGCAUUGAUUCACCUAUAAAACUUGAAAGUUUAACUGAUAUAAUACAAAAAAAAGUUGAAGAGACUAAUGGACAGUUCCUUAUCGGUCAGCAUGAAGAAGCCUCACCUCCCCCUUGGGCAACACUCUUUGAUGGUAAUCAUCCAGUGGUCAUCCAGAAAAAGGUAUUAUCUUCUGCAAACAAGCAGUUACCCGAUGGGAAAAGGAAAAAGAGACGAGCUCCCCUUCCUCCUUCUGAUAAAGCCCCAUUCAGCUUAAAAACACAGAGCAAUACAGAUCCAUUGGUUACAGACAACUUGGAAAAAGCAGGAAGUGUAUCUCAAACUUCGUCAUUAAAUACCAAAUUAUCAACCCUCAUGCAUCAUUUACAGAAACCAACGGCUGCUCCUCGAAAACUUCUUCCUGCCAGGAAAAAUAGUUUAACUGAUGGUGAACAUAUAGACACUAAAACCAAUUUUGAAGCCAAGCCAGUGCCAACACCAAGGCAGAAAUCUAUCAAAGAUAUUUUGGACCCUAGAUCAUGGUUACAGGCACAAGUAUAGAAAACCCUUAAUGUAUAAAACAUUUAACAUAAUCUGUAACUGUGAGUCUUGAUUCAGAAGCGCUAUAGAUGUGGUAAUAUGAAAUUAUGUACACAAAUAAGAUAGUUAUUUGCAUCAAUAAUUAAUAAGCUAUUAGGUAUUAAAAUGUUUUAUAGUGAAGAAACGAAUUUCUCUUUUGCUUUUGAUUUUCAGAAUGUAAGUGAUUUUCCUAGCAGAGUGUAAGAGGUAGUUUCUAGACAAUAUCCUAAUUGUUGGAAGGGUUAAUUUAUUCCUAAAUUAGUACCAGGCAGUGAACAAGCACUACUCAGAAGAAAGCAUUAAAACUUCUUUGGAGAGAGACUGUCUAGUAAUUUAAAAUGUGUUAAAUAUGAGCCAUAUUCUCAUUGUGAGAAUUUUAAUUCUAAUGGAAUGUUUCAAAAGUUUUAUUCAAACCACAAAUUAUGAAAUCCACCCAAGAAACUUUCUUCUUAGCAUUCUGGAAUUCUCAUCUAAUGGUUCACUGGCUCUCAUCUAUUGUUUGACUCAUUAACUCACUGACCUUUUAAAUUCCUGGGAUAAAUUUUGGAUUAUUAAAUUCUUAAUUUUUAAAGGGAAUUUGUAAUGUGCUAUUCAAAGUUGUUUCCUUGAUGAGCCCUGAAAUCCUGUAGAUAUUAACUCUCAAAAGUAAAGCAUAACAUUUAUUAAAAAAAAAGAUAGAUAAAAUGUUCUUCACUUCCAUUUUUCUACGCGUAGUGCUAAUUUCCAUUGUGACACUGGAAUUUGGGUAAAUGAGUAGCUGAUUAACACCUUAAAAUUCAUUUAAUACUUAUUUAAAAAGCAGGUGGCCAAUUCAAAAAUAUCAAAAGUAGGCCAUGAUAAUAAAUUUCAGAAUUAAUCCUUUUUAAAAUUUUUAAUUAGAUUUCCUUUUUCUGGUAAGGGUUGAUGUCUGCUAUUGAUAUUAUUCAUUAUAAGUCAUAUUCUUACAAUAAUGACAUCGGAAUCAUUUCCAUAGGAGGUAAUUUCCAUAGCAACUAACCAUAGUGACCCAAACAGAAUUACAAAAUCAAGGCAGGAAUAAAUAGCAAGAGAUUGAAUACCUUAAAGGAACAAAUCCAUUUGUUAUAAUAAUGCUUCUUGUAAACAAGAGCUGAACAGUUUUUAAAAUCUAAUCAGAAUUUCCCAAUAAAACAGUUUCCAUAAUGUGUCAGCAACUGCACUAAAAAUCUCAAAUCACAGUGAACCCUAAAUGUCAUUGCAAGAAAUAAAAAAUUACUGCCCUGCGUAUACUCUCUAGAGAUCUUUUCAAAGCCCGUAAGAAUUCUUUUUGGAUCAGAACUAGAUUAUUACAAAAUAAAAUGGACACUGGACAAAAAAAUAACAUUAAUUUAAAUGGAGCCUUUCUUUAAUUUCACAUAGCAGAGUCUUUUUUCAUUUAUAUAGAAUGAUGUAACUGCCAGUUACUUUUGUGUUUGCCCAGGACUCCAGUAAGAAUUGGGGCUCGAGGGAGCAAUGAUACGAAAGGUCUCUUGUGAGUGGCAACAUCAGGAUAGACACUGUUUGUUGAGAAGGAAACCUAUAUGAUUGCCUGAUAGAAUUUAGAGACAACACAUAUAUGAAAAGCUAAAAAGGUAGGGUUAAUUUUUUUCUAACUAGAAGUCUCUUGUAAAUCUCUGUAGUGAUUGCCAGUUCAGUAAAUGAGGUAUUAAAAAGCAAAAGGGUAUUGUUGUUUGAAUUUUUAUUUUUUUAAACCUCACUGCUGUUUUUGACAGCAUUUGUGACUGUCAUUGCCACUAAAUUAUUGAGCUAGAAGAUGCUGUAGGCAAAAUUGUUUCCGAAAGUGGCAUCUAAGCAUUCUUUAUUUUUUUUUUAGUUGAAGCCUUCCUUAUAACAAACCAACGUUAAAACUUCCAAAUUAUAUUCUUGUCAUUUCUUCUUAUGCAUAUUAUAUCAAGAAGAAUUUAAGUUGUACAGGAAAGAGAAUUUAUUCAUAGAGAAAUUACCUAGCAGUUGUGCCCUCAGUGAGGUACUUUGAAACAAGGCUGAAGCCCUUUCUAGAACCAUUUAGGUGAAGCCUGGCCAAGGACCACCUCCCCAAUCAAAAUUAUUCAGGCUCUCUCUAGGGGCCAAUCUUACUGUGUGUUGCAAAGCUUUUGAAAUUGGGCUGAAGUUUUCAACGGCACUUUCUUUGACAUUGUGCUCGUUAAAUGUUAGCUCAGUUUCCCCAAAAGGUAUACAAAGUGGAGGCUUCUCCCUCCUUCCUUUUCUCCCUCCCUCCUUCCCUU